AUAAUCAUUAAGACCUGUACCAGAACAGCCUCGCACUUGUAGGAAACCCCUUUGCGUUUCGACUUGGAUUUGGAAAUAUUUUUUGUUAAUACUAGCAACAAUGUUCAAACACUACGAUUUAUCUAACAAUUAUCUUUAGGCCACCAACAAUAGUAACAAAGGAGGGAGAUGGUAAUGAAUGGUUUUUACGGUUCCAUGUUGUAAAAUCCGCGUGUACGCUAAAUAAAAAAUGUCUUCUUUUCGUACUUGAGGCUAUCAUGAAAUUGAUAAAAUCCUUGAUAUCUCCGUAUCAUAUAGGAUAAAGAUACAUGACCCUCAGAAUAAGUAUGUCACCGGGACAAAUUCGAAUUUCACGCUGUUGGCAUGCGCCAUCUGCUGAAUUUAUCAGAACAUUCAUGAAUGAACUACAUGUGUAUUGAAGUUUAAUACAUUUAUAAGGCCGUAAGAAACGAUACUUUGACCUUCCUGUUGGCCCUCAUGACCUUCAAUCUCAGAAGAUUUUAAGACCUGUCCACGGCGCAUUCUUCACGUUGGUCUCCACUGUUUCAAGUUAUACAUUAAACACAGGAAGGCACUUCAUUAUCUGACAUUUCCAAUUUAAUAUAAGAUUUGUGAGAACAAGAUGUCGAAAGAACGUGCGUCCAGAAGAUUUUACCGUAUGGAUAGUACCCAUGACUUAUCGGCAUACCUGGACCGUGGACACACUGCCGAGCAGGAGAAUAGAUGGAACUUCGAGAUCGCGUGGGAAGUUGCCAACAAAGUUGGGGGAAUCUAUACGGUAAUUCGAUCCAAGGCUUACGUCUCAACUGAAGAAUUGGGGGAUCAAUAUUGCAUGAUUGGUCCAUAUAAAGAACAAUGUGCCAGAACGGAGGUAGAAGAAGCUGAAUUUCCGCUGCAUAAUCCUUUGCGAAUGGCUGUUCAAACAAUGAGAGAUCAAGGAUACAAAGUGGUUACAGGUACUUGGUUAGUCGAUGGCAAUCCUCAGGUGAUUUUAUUUGACAUAGGAACAGCAGCAUGGAAACUGGAUGAGUAUAAACAGGAAUUAUGGAACAGCACUAAUUUGGGAAUACCUCAUCUAGAUAUUGAAGCAAACGAUGCUGUCAUACUGGGUUAUCUAGUAGGUCAAUUCAUCACUGAGUUCAGAAAAGCAGCUGAGAGUUAUUCGAGUGAACCGCCAAGGAUUCUAGUUCAUUGUCAUGAAUGGCAGGCUGGUGUUGGUAUUAUUGCACUAAGAACUCGUCACGUUGAUGUUGCUACUGUUUUUACCACUCAUGCAACGCUCCUCGGACGAUAUCUUUGCGCUGGAAAAACUGAUUUCUACAAUAACUUAGACAAGUUUAAUGUCGAUGAAGAAGCAGGCAAGCGACAAAUUUAUCAUCGAUAUUGUAUGGAAAGAGCAGCUGCUCAUCUUUGUCACGUAUUCACGACAGUUUCCGAUAUCACAGGAAUUGAGGCGAAAAAUUUGCUCAAACGUGAUCCCGAUAUUAUAACUCCAAAUGGUCUGAAUGUUAAAAAGUUCUCAGCUCUUCACGAAUUUCAAAAUCUUCAUGCUGUGAGCAAAGAAAAAAUCCAUGAAUUUGUGCGUGGACAUUUUUACGGGCAUUUUGAUUUCGAUCUCGACAAAACAUUGUAUUUUUUCACCGCUGGUCGUUACGAGUUUGGUAAUAAGGGAGCUGACAUCUUUAUUGAAGCACUUGCAAGACUCAAUCAUUAUUUGAAGACAUCCAAGCCAGAUGUGACAGUCAUUGCAUUUAUGAUCUUCCCAGCGCGCACGAAUAAUUUCAACGUCGAGUCAUUACGUGGUCACGCGGUCACGAAAUCCCUCAGGGACACCAUCAACGCCAUACAACAAGAUAUCGGAAAACGAAUGUACGAAUUAUGUUUAUCAGGACGACUACCAGAUGCUCAGGAUUUACUUCAGAAGGACGACAUGAUCAAAAUAAAAAGAUGUUUGUAUGCUUUGCAACGCAAUGGUCUGCCACCAAUAACGACUCAUAAUGUGGUUGACGAUUGGAAUGAUCCCAUUUUAACUGCGAUUCGAAGAUGUAAUUUAUUCAACACCGUUCACGACAGAGUGAAAAUUGUCUUCCAUCCGGAAUUUUUGUCUUCAACAAAUCCAUUAUUUGGUUUAGAUUAUGAGGAAUUCGUUAGGGGGUGUCACUUGGGUGUCUUCCCGUCUUACUAUGAACCCUGGGGAUACACUCCAGCUGAAUGUACGGUGAUGGGCAUUCCCAGUGUGACCACCAAUUUGUCUGGCUUCGGUUGUUUUAUGCAUGAGCAUAUUGCCGAUCCUAUGAGUUAUGGCAUUUACAUCGUGGAUCGUCGUUUCAUCGAUGUUGAAGCCAGUGUUCAACAGUUAGCACAAUACAUGUUUGAUUUCGCACGUCUCAGUCGAAGACAACGAAUUAUUCAACGAAAUCGAACAGAGCGGUUGAGUGAUCUACUUGAUUGGAGGAAUCUAGGUGUUUACUAUCGGCAAGCGAGAAUAAAGGCGCUCACAAAGGUCUAUCCAGAAUUUGCUUCUCAAUUGUCCGAUGAAAACGUCGGAAGGUUCAAUUAUCCAAGACCACUGAGUGAACCACCGUCACCGUCUUCGUCCCGUAUCACAACUCCAGCUGCAUCUGUACACGGGUCCGACGAUGAAGAUGAAGUGGACGAUGAGAAAGAGCUCGAAGAACUGAGGCAAGCCAAUGGUCGAUAAAGCCCGUAAAUUGUUGGAUGAGAAGGGUGAGACAGCAGCUUUGUUAUGUUACAUACUCACUUUGUUAGUUUUUUUUCUAUGCAAUCGUGUUCCAUAUUAUAUGAGAAAAAGGUUAAAUAAGCCAUUUUGCAAUAUUGAAAAAUACCCUGCGAUAUACUAAGGAUAUUCGAUACCUUUUUAGCCAAAAUGUCUGUUUUUUAAAUUUUUUUUCUGGCGAAUUAUCGAUCGAAUUGUCAUGAAAAGAUGUAACGUUUUUGCAUUUUAUCCUUCUUUAAUGUCUCACAAAGUUUCAUGGUGGUGCGAUCAUUUUUAUUUUCAGUUCUUUUUAAAAAUUUAGAAAAAACAGGAAAAUAUUUACAGCUACUUCGAACUCCGUGAGUUAUUAAAUCAUUAUAAACCGCAAAAACGUCAUAUUUUUUAACGUCAAUCCCAUCAUUAAUUUCUGGACACCUCGCGCCCAGAAAAUGGUGUUUUUCGGGCGCCCGUUCUGAAAACUAUUUCACUUCAACAGGGAAAUUGUUUCACUGAAGUUUUACUAUUAUAAAAAGUCUUGCGAUAGAAUUUUAUGAAUUUUCCGUUAUCGAAGAGUUGUAUUUUUUCAUUGAGAUUAAAUAAAAAUAUUUCGUGUUCCCAUUGUUAAUUCCAAAAUAUUGACAAUUAGAAGAAAUCGCUUUUAUUUGAACCUUGAUUAGCAGUUUUCCUCUGUUCAUAUUUUAAGAAUACAUUCAUACCGUUAAUAGUACAUUGAAAAUGAAUAAUGUUAGUAGUUGAUCGCAGUCAAGGAAAAUCGUAGCCAUUACACGCAGAUUUCAAUAUUAACACAUCAGAUGAUUGAGAAAAAUGUUAUUUUCUUACCAUGGGAGUGAAAAAUUGCGUUACAAUGAAGUUUUAGAAGAUAACUGUUUGAAUUGAAUUGAAAAGUACAGACCCCUGAGCCCCUAAUUUACAGGUUUUAUGAUGAUGAAACUCAUGAUUAUUUGCUGCCUUAAAAUAUAGUUUGGACGAAUAAAAUGAGAUUAAUGAUAAGGAAUGUUGCACUACUGAAAAACCCUGCCAUGCCAGGGGUCUAUACUUUUUAACUCAACAGUAGCUACUUAAGGGCCAAAUUUAUGUGAAUGUAGUUAAGAUUAGUUACGAGGAAUAUGUGAAAAAAUACAGAUUAUGAAUAUCCUAUAAUUCGUGUGUUAUUUGAAAAAGAAAUUGUCAAUUACUCUUAUAUUUGUGUUUAUGAUUAAAAAUAUAGUUGUCUUUACUAUUUUACUUUCAAUGGGAAGUAUUGGCAUCAUUCAACUUGUAAGUUUCCUAUAGGCGAAAAAUGACUGUCAUUUAUUUUUGGCCCAUUGCAACGGUUAUAGAAGGAAAAAAAUAGUUUCGAAUCUGAAAAAAUGUUAGAAACAACUGCACAAUUAUAUUCUUUCAUUGAUGAUUUAGACCGUACCGUUCUGACUCGAUUAAAAAAAAUUUCUAAUAUCUCGA